UGCUGAUGUAAACACAACAUACGCCUCAUCCUCUUCCUGGAUCCAACUGGCGAGAUUAACCCCAAUCGCCCUUGUCUUGCCCGAGAAAACGCUCGUGGCUUUCAAAUAUAUUAUGUAUUAAUGCGGAAAGAGUGACACAAUGGACUUCUGCAUUAACGUCAAAGUAAAUUUCAGGGGAAAUUCCAGGAAUUUCCUCCUGUCGGGAUCCGAGACCAAGAGCUGGGACUCGAUGGAGGCCAUGGUUAAGCGUUCCUUUAGCUUGUGCAGCCUUCAACUGACCUAUUUCGACGAGGAGAACGAAGAGGUUUCUAUUAACAGCCAAGUAGAGUACGAAGAGGCACUCAAGAGUGCAGCAAGGCAGGGAAAUCGACUGCACAUGAAUGUUUAUGAGACCCGUGGUCAACCAGCAAGGAUCUCCACUGGCAAGGCUGGCGCAGAGCCAAAGCGGGGCUUCAGACCCCCUCAACACUGUCCCACUCUUGCCCAGGUGGUCAGUCGCAAGGUUCAGGUGGCAGUGCCAGAACAGGGCAUGGUGAUUAUGAAAGAAGUGAAAGGGACAAAAGAAGAAGAUAAGACUCCCCCAGCUUGGUUCACCUCUUACAUGGAGAAAUUCAAGGAUCAGGUGGUCCGUGAGGCUGUGGAGAAAAUCUGCAGGGAGUUUUCUGGACAGUGCUGCAUCCACAAGCCUCUGAGUGGAGUAGGGGGAAGUAGAGGGGAUGCAAUUGCCGGAGCUGCCGUGGUGCCUGAGGUUUCUUCUUCUGCCCUGCCCGGAGCUCCGUCCUCUUCCACUCUUCCCUGCUCCUCCUGCAGGGGACAGACCACAGGGGGAGGCUACCAAUGCAGCGUGUGUACAUCCUGUACUCUGUGUGAGCCUUGCAGUUUCUCUCAUGAUCCUAGUCACAAUUUGGUGAGGGCCAGAACUCCACUCUCAAUACCAGAGCAUGGAUCGCCUGCCCCUGACCAUAGCAGGUUCUACAGGCGAGGUGACCGAAGCUUCCGGAAGGCUGAGAAACAGCGUCUGAAAGCAGAAAAGCGCCUUUUGAAGGCUGAAGUGAAAGAGAUUCGGAAACAGUUAAGAAUGGAGAGGCGCGGCAUCCAAUGGAGCUCCUCCCAGAGAGAUGGAAGUUCUUCUCCUGUACUUCUUCAGCCUCGAGCCACUCAGCACAACAGCCCUGAGCGACCAAAGCGCCCCUGCCCUCUUAUGGUUCCAUCCAUGACAGCGACAUUUCUAGAUGAGAACCUUCCUGAUGGGACUCGUCUACGUCCUGGAACCAAGUUCAUCAAGUACUGGAAGAUGAGAAACACAGGAACAAUGAGUUGGAGCUCUGAUACUAAGCUGAAGUUCAUGUGGGGAAACCUGGCAGUGGGAUCCGGGGAUCGUUGGAGAGAAGUAUCUGUUCCUUUCCUCCAGCCUGGACAGGUUGGUAUUGUGAGUGUAGCGUUAUGUGCGCCGUCUGUGGAGGGUUCCUACACCUCCCACUGGCGUCUUGCCCAUGCUGGAGAGCAAUUUGGACCCAGGGUUUGGUGCAGCAUUGUGGUUGACAAUCUGGCCCCUGCCCCCAUGAUGGCCGACGGGAUACUCGUUUCUCCGUGUGUCACACCACAGCAGGGUAAAAACCCAUUGCAAAAGGAUGGAAAAGCAUGUGCAGCCUCUCGAAAGCAGCCUCCUCUUUUAGUAGACAGCGGGGAAGAAUACUACAUCCCCUCCGUGGACCUACUCACUGCGCAGGAUCUUCUGUCUUUUGAGUUGCUGGACAUCAACAUUGUUCAAGAGUUGGAGAGUGUCCCGAAUAACACCCCAGCUGACAUGACUCCCUGCAUCUCCCCUCUUCCUCAAGAUGGCCACCUACAGGACAAAAGUAGCCCUUCUUUGGGACUGAUUCAAGAAGAGAAUGAAAUCAUCAAUAGCAUCAUGGAUGUAUCUCAUGGUGUGGGUUCUGGUGCUGAGGAUAGUGGCGUACCAGCACAAGAGGAGGGGGAGGAGGAUAUCAGUGGCACUCAGUUUGUCUGUGAAACUGUGAUUCGCUCAUUGACCUUGGAGGAGGCCCCUGACCACACGCCGAUGAGAGCAUCCUGCUCCGGAGCAGUGGUGCGUCCGGCAGCUCAGAUUGGCUCCUGUGUGAAAAGUAAAGCUGUGAAACCUGAGAAAAUCUUGGAUGGUUGCCACAAUCCCUUGAAACUACCAGCUAUUCUGAAGUCUUCCUUACCAGCACCUGUGAAAGCCUCCAUAUCAGCUUCUCUUUCGAUGGUCCCAGCUCAGGUGGCUGGCCCCAGCUCAGUACCAAUAACGCUACCCUUGAUGCCCUCCACACGACAGGAGUCCACCACCAUAGGUGAAGGCGAGGGUCCGCACAAUGACUGCGCGGAUGGGCAGUCUCAACGAAGGGAAAGUGAGAAAGAACCAGAGGUACAAGUAGGAUUGAAGAAGAAAGAGGGGACAAGGAGUCGCUCUUCUUCAACCUCGUCAGAGGAAUACAUCAUCAUCCUUCCUGACUGUUUUGACACCAGUCGGCCACUGGGGGAGUCCAUGUACAGCUCUGCACUGUCUCAACCUGGUGACAUCUCAGCCAGUACCUCCGCAGAUCCUGAAAUCCUUACCUGUGAGCACCCAGGUGCUAACUCCGAGCAAGAUGGCAAGGCACAUAACAUCACAGCCACUCUGGGGACAGGAUCAUUGGGCAACAGCAGUGCUAACGACAUGCUUUGCACAUCUCAGACACUAGAUGAUGAGCCAUUGACACCUGAGGUGGUGGCACCACCUACAGCCAUACUUACAUCAAGUCCAGAGAGUAUUGGAGAAUCAGCAGAAGAAAAUGUUCGAGCUGGGGAGGACACAGAGCGCUCGGACCUGUACAAAACGGAGGAUGUUGCUGAAAAGAAUCAGACAGAAGGAUCAGAAGCCACUGCAGACACCGAGGUAGACUGCUCUGAGAAUCCCAGGCAUCCAGGUGUCACCACUGACCUGGUUAAAGGCGCGCUGUCAGUUGCUGCUUCUGCCUACAAAGCUUUGUUUACAGGACAAGGCCCGACACAGCCUCCAGUAGACGAGUCCACACAAGAGACCAUGAUGGCCGUGCUUGUUGAGAUGGGAUUUGGGGACAGACCACUCAACCAGCGUCUGCUGAAGAAACAUAACUACAACCUGCUCGACGUCGUCAAUGAGCUCGUUCAGUUGACCGACAAUGACUGGUACUCUACACGUUACUGACCAGCGAGAGCAUUUUGGAACGAUGACAAACAUGAGGAUAAUAGAACAGGAAGCAGAGAUCAAAAAAGUGGGGGUGUGGGUAGAAGAUAAAAUGGCAUAUCUUUGUAUCAUUUAAAAAGACUUUCCGGUCACGGAAUAGCGGACUCGAACCUUGUUACGCCACAGAAUGGUUUCUCCCAAGACUCAUGCACAA